GGGCUCAAAACCGAUCAUAAUGCAUUACACUUUUACUUCACACUAAUACAGUUCGAUUUUUUCUUUUAUUUCAAGUUUAAUUUCGUUUUGUUCUUUUGUUUUAAUUCGUGAAUCCUUGUUUUUUCACCUGUUCCUUCGCUAAUCGGUACCCUUAAGAUGAAACUGUUCAAAAGAAGGCCAAUCAAGAGCAAGGUGAGCCCGAGAAAGGCGUCCAAGACAUCCGUCAGUUCCAAUACGAACUUGGCUGAACUCUUCAGGGAUACCGUGGAGCCGGCUCAGCUCGAUCUGUUGAAGGAUCUCGACGAAGAGUUCUUCCAGAACUCCUACCUCUUGGUGCAGAAACUCAGCAGACGUGACUCCUUUGUGGCUGGCAAAAUCAAGCGCUACGUGGACAUCCUCGUUAGACUCCACGCCCGCUAUGAAACGGAGGUGGACGAGGUCAACACGCUCCGGCUGAAGGCGCGCUCAGCGGACGAGAAGCUGGAGCUGGCCUUGCGCACCACCUCCAUCUCGGAGGCGAUGAUGAACAAGAUGCGCGAGUCCCUGGAGGAGGCCUGGCGUAACGAGGAUGCCAUCAAGAGUCGCGAGGAGAACAUUCAAAUCCAGCUGCAGAACCUGGUGCGCGCGGAUCAGUCAGAGAGUCCGAAGAUAGCCAGAGAGCCGGGUCAAGGCCAGGAAGGUGGUAUCCGGGGAAUGGUCUUUCGCGAGCGCGAUCGCCUGGCCGGGGAGUUAAAGGAUUACCAGAAGCGCCUGGCCACGCACCGCAUUUACUCCGAGCACCUGGAGGAUAUGCUGCUGAUGGCUCAGGAGAACAUAUCUAAACUAAGCGACCGGCUGAAGAAGAGCGAAACUGUCAACUUUAAGCUGGAGCGCCAGAAUUACCUGGCCCAGGAGAGAACCCAGGAGCGAGAGCACCAGCUGGGCACGGAGAUAUCAGCCUUGCAGCAGCAGAACCUCGCCUUGCAGCACGUGCAGAAGGACUUGGCUGCGAUGACCGCCGCCCACGAGGCUCUGAAGCAGAGUUACGAGCGUCUUACGCAAAAUAACCACAAUCUCUCGAACAUUCGCCGCAAGCAGGAGGAAAAGAAGAAUCAGCUGCAGGCGAGCCUAAGGAUGGCCGAGGAAAAGAUCAAUGUCCACAGGCGGAAUAACGGAGAACUGGAGUUGGCCCGCUCUGCAGCCGAACAGAAUGCCAAGAGGAAGGCGGACGAGUCGAUGAUCUUGGAGAGGCGGUUCCGUCAGCUGGCCAAAAGGAACGUGGAUCUGAAUGACCAGGAGCUGACCAAUCAUAACGAAAUCAAGUUGCUGGAAAAGAAGAUCUCGGUGCUCUGCGCCAGCUUAGAGGAAGUGACCAGCCAAAAGGACGACAUGACCCGCACACGGGACAAGCUGAGGCUGGAGAUCACUCGGCUCAAUGACACACUGGCUCUCGCCCGGCACGAGAUCCACGUUGUGCGCAACCAGAAGGAAUCCCUGCAGAUGGAACUGGCGCAGGUCCGAAAGUUGAUGGACGCCAAGAAUCAGCAGGUACAGAAAAUAGCCCACGAGAAGCAGGAUCUGUUCGUGGAGCUAAACGAUGCCGAAAAGAAGAUCGGCGGGCUGGAGGAAGGGCUGGCCAACAAGGCGGAGCGCCUGGAAGUCACCCAGUUGAAGUUGCAGCAGAAGCAGCAAGACUUCUUCAACACUAAGAAGCAGUUGGAGAUCCUGCACUCCGACAAGGUGAUGCUGAUCAAGUCGCUGGACAUGUGCUCCCGCGAUCGCACCACCAUGCAAAGCACGAUGGCCAAGCUGACGCACCAGAUCAACCAGCAGAUCACCGCGCUAGCGGCCAACGAGAAGGAGAUUAACUCGCUGAAGAACCAGAACGAACAGCUGGGCCGGGCGGUACGCCAGAAGCAGAACGAGAUCCAUGCCACCCAGCUGCAGCUGUCCAGCACACGCGGCGAUCUCCGGGAGAUGAAGAUCCGGGUGGAGCAGACCCAGCACACCAUCGACAACGAUGAGAAGCGGUUCAAGGGCCUGUCCUGUGCCCUCGACGAGGUGACUAAAGAGAAGAGUCUGGUGGGCUUCCAGAUGGUCAGGCGGAACGACAAGCUACGGCUUUUGCAGGACAAACUGAACAUCAUGCAGAAUGCCAUCGAUCGGGGCACCACGCAGUACAACCAGCGGCUCGAGGACAUCCGCUUGCUGAAGCUAGAGGUGACCAACCUGAGGAUGUCGCACGAGUGCAUGCAGAAGGAGGUGGGCCAUAGGUCCGAGUUACGCCAGGAAGUGAUCCGGCUGGAGCGGCAGCUCAACCAGGAGAGGCUGAGGGUGUCAGCCUUUUCGGAGGAGCUGUCCCGCCCCUGUCGCAUCCAUCGCUGGCGUGUGCUCAUGGGCAAGGACCCGCAUCGCUUCGAGCUCAUACGCAAGGUGCAGUCCCUGCUCAAGCUCAACCUACGCCUGUCCGUGCAGCGCGAGAACCUGGCCAAAGAGCUGGCGGAGGCCCAGAGCCUGCACGAGGACUACAAGCGCCACAUGGAUCGGAGGGACUUUCCCCAGAUCCAUGACAAGCUCUUCCUGCAGGAAACCAUCAAUCGUCGGCAGAAGCGCCGCCUCAAGGCUCUGACCGCUGAGCUCCGGAUCAACGAGAUCGACCUGAAGACGCGAGAUCACCUGAUCGUGGGCUUCCAGGAGCAGCUGCGUCAGCAGCAUCGGGUGAGUCAUUCCCCGCCAGAACACAAAGCCCAGCCGGGCGACGAUUGGUGUAUGGACAAGCCCUUUAAAUCCUCAUCCAGCUUGGUAAAGAACUUGUGUGAAAGUCAGCUGAAGAAGUGUUAAAAAAUAUGAACUUGGAGCCACCAUCUUUGAGGUAUCAUUUUUUACUACGAAGGCAUUAAAAUAUACCUUUUAUUA